GUUGCAAUUCGUGCUGCUUUUCUUGGUUUUAUUUUCUCUCUGGGACUAUUCUUGGCAGACUUGGCGCCACCAUCAUAUCAUGUACUUGGAUGGUACAUGUGUUUCAUGUCGUUCUUCCAUUAUUCAGAGUUCUUGAUGAUAGCAUUUACAAACCCAAGAACUCUGUCACUUGACUCCUUCAUACUGAACCAUAGUAUAGAGUACGGUAUUGCUGCUGUUGCCAGUUGGAUGGAAUUCUUGAUAGAACGAUGGUUGUUUCCAAAUUUGAAGGAAGUCACCUCUGUGAGCCUUAUUGGUGUGCUGCUCUGUGUGGGUGGUGAGUUUCUUCGUAAACUUGCAAUGUUCACUGCCAAAACGAACUUCAAUCACGUUGUUCAGAGUGUUCAUGAGGAGGGUCAUCAGUUAGUGACCCAUGGAGUUUAUAACUACUGCAGACAUCCUAGUUAUGUAGGUUGGUUCUACUGGUCUAUAGGCACUCAGCUGAUAUUAGUCAACCCGGUGUGCAUAGUUGCUUAUGUAGUGGCCAGUUGGAAAUUCUUUAAUGAACGUGUGUUCAUAGAAGAGAAUAUGCUUCUUCACUUCUUUGGAGAUGACUACUACCAGUAUCAAAAACGAGUGAGCACAGGUCUGCCCUUUAUACAGGGUUAUAAACUUGAGCUGUGAGAAUGUGUUAUAUGAUUGAUUGUGUUCAUCACUGCAGUCUUCUAGCAAAUGUUCUUCCAUACACAUAUUACUGUUCCUUUUGUAUGGAAUGCAUACAAAGUGGUUAUUUGUAAUAUUUGGUUUCUAACAUUUUAUGAGACCAGUUUUUAUGUUGACUGUUGUAUAGAGAAUUUAUUGAGAGCCAUUAAAAUACAG